AUGACGAGCACUGGAAAUAAAGCGAAUAUCUGCGAUGAGUUGGACAAUCUUGUCGGCGGACAGGAUCUCGAAAGUCUCAACAAAGUCCUUAAAAGGAUCGAUGAUGUUGAUUUGGAUUCAAAUCCGGCUAAAAUCCGAAGCGGAAUUUUGCGAAGAAAAGGCGAAUGGCUUUAUGCGUUGAGCAACUAUGAAGCCGACAAGAAAAAGCGGGUGGAAAUCCUCGAGCGGGCGUAUGAAGCGGCGAAGCAAGCGCAUGACAUUGAUGACACCGAUUUUGAGAUCUGCAAAGUGCUCUGCUCGACGUCGGGAAGGCUCGCCGAAGAAAGUCAACUCAAAAAAAAAUUGCAUUAUGGGUUUCUGUUCAAAAACUAUCUCGACAAGGCGAUCGCGAUCGAUGGAAAUGAUUUCGAGGCGUUGCAUAUGCGCGGCAGAUUCUGCUACACGGUUGCAAAUUUGUCGAUGGUUGAACUACUUGCGGCGAGAAUGAUCGGAAGUGUUCCAGAUGUCUCAUUCCAGGAUGCACUCACCGAUCUGCUGAAGGCUGAUUCGAUCAUCUCCGAUGUUGCUGAAAAUCAGCUAUUCAUUGGAAAAACCUAUUUGGCAUUGAAUGAUAUUCCGAAUGCGAAGAAGUGGCUUCAAAUGGCUGCUGAGAAUACGACAGACAUGGCUGUCGAGCAAGAGCACGUUGAAGAAGCUCAAGAGCUUCUCAAAGAUCGUCGCUUCAAAUGA